GAGAUUUGAUCGUUUGCAGUUAUCUCAAACCCCGACCAACGUCUGCGCAUUAUUCUCAAGUGCGUGUUCGUCCCGCUCGUGCAGCUACUGUCGAUAAAAUGAGCGACGCAGAGAUGGAGAUAUUUGGGGUGGCUGCCCCGUACCUCCGCAAGUCAGAGCGGGAGAGGAUCGCAGCCCAGAACACGCUGUUCGAUGCCAAAACAGCCGUCUUUGUGCCCGACCCGAAGCAGGAGUACGUGAAGGGAAAAAUCAAAAGCCAAGACGGCGCCAAGGUCACCGUGGAGACUGAGGAUGGGAAGGUUGUAACAGUUCACCUGGACGACAUCCGACCCAUGAACCCUCCAAAGUUUGACAAGAUCGAGGACAUGGCGCUGCUGACGCAUCUCCAUGAACCCGCUGUGCUCUUCAACCUCAAAGAGCGCUACGCUGCCUGGAUGAUCUACACCUACUCUGGACUCUUCUGUGUGACUGUGAACCCUUACAAGUGGCUUCCAGUCUACAACCCAGAGGUUGUGGCCGGUUACCGCGGGAAGAAACGUCAGGAGGCCCCCCCACACAUCUUCUCCAUCUCUGACAACGCCUACCAGUUCAUGCUCACAGAUCGAGAGAAUCAAUCUAUCCUGAUCACUGGAGAAUCUGGUGCCGGUAAGACCGUCAACACAAAGCGAGUCAUCCAGUAUUUCGCAACAAUUGCGUCAUUUGGAGACUCGAGCAAGAAAGAGCAACCUGCUGGCAAAAUGCAGGGGACUCUGGAGGAUCAAAUCAUCCAGGCCAACCCUCUGCUGGAAGCUUUCGGGAACGCCAAGACUGUGAGGAACGACAACUCCUCCAGAUUUGGAAAAUUCAUCCGCAUCCACUUUGGAACGAAGGGGAAGUUGUCGUCAGCGGAUAUUGAGACGUACCUUUUGGAAAAAUCCAGAGUGACGUUUCAGCUGCCGGCAGAGAGGAGCUACCACAUCUUCUAUCAGAUCAUGUCCAACAAGAAGCCUGAUUUAAUAGAGAUGAUGCUGAUAACCACCAAUCCAUAUGACUUCCCUUUCAUCAGCCAGGGUGAAAUCACUGUGCUGAGCAUCAAUGACACCGAGGAGCUGAUGGCCACAGACAGUGCCAUCGACAUCCUGGGGUUCAACACGGAGGAGAAGGUGGGCAUCUACAAGCUGACCGGGGCUGUGAUGCACAACGGGAACAUGAAGUUCAAGCAGAAGCAGCGGGAGGAGCAGGCGGAGCCCGACGGCACCGAGGUGGCGGACAAAGUGGCGUAUCUCAUGGGUCUGAACUCUGCUGAUUUGCUGAAAGCGCUGUGUUAUCCCCGAGUGAAGGUCGGGAAUGAGUAUGUCACCAAAGGUCAGACGCCGCAGCAGGUGAACAACGCCAUGGGCGCCCUGUCGAAGGCCGUGUAUGAGAAGCUGUUCCUGUGGAUGGUGACGAGGAUCAACCAGCAGCUCGACACCAAACUUCCACGACAGCAUUUCAUUGGCGUCCUGGAUAUCGCAGGGUUUGAGAUCUUUGAGAUGAACAGCCUGGAGCAACUGUGCAUCAACUUCACCAACGAGAAGCUGCAACAGUUUUUCAACCACCACAUGUUUGUGUUGGAGCAAGAGGAAUACAAGAAAGAGGGGAUUGAUUGGGAGUUCAUUGACUUCGGCAUGGACCUGGCAGCCUGCAUUGAGCUCAUUGAGAAGCCGAUGGGCAUUUUCUCUAUUCUCGAAGAGGAGUGCAUGUUUCCAAAGGCGACAGACGGCUCCUUCAAGAACAAGCUGUACGACCAACACCUGGGCAAGAACAGCAUCUUCCAGAAGCCCAAACCCGCCAAAGGGAAGGCGGAGGCUCACUUCUCGCUCAUGCACUACGCCGGCACUGUGGACUACAACAUCAGCGGCUGGCUGGAGAAGAACAAAGACCCUCUGAACGAGACUGUGGUGCAGCUGUACCAGAAAGCCUCCCUCAAGCUGCUCUCUCAGCUCUUCGCCACGUAUUCCUCUGUUGACGAUGGACAUAAGAAGAGCUUCAAGAAAAAGGGCUCUUCUUUCCAGACAGUUUCUGCACUUUUCAGGGAAAACCUGAAUAAACUGAUGGCCAACCUUCGGUCCACUCAUCCACACUUUGUGAGGUGUAUCAUCCCCAAUGAAACCAAGACACCAGGGUCCAUGGACCAUCAUCUGGUCCUUCACCAGCUGCGCUGUAACGGCGUGCUGGAAGGUAUCAGGAUCUGCAGGAAGGGAUUCCCCAGCAGGAUCCUGUACGGAGACUUCAGACAGAGAUACAGGAUCCUGAACGCCAGCGCGAUCCCUGAGGGGCAGUUCAUUGACAGCAAGAAGGCUUCAGAGAAACUGCUCUCCUCCAUUGAUGUGGAUCAUUCCCAGUACAGAUUUGGAUACACAAAGGUGUUUUUUAAAGCCGGCCUCCUGGGUCUCCUGGAGGAGAUGAGGGAUGAGCGGCUGGCGGUGCUGAUGACUCGGAUCCAGGCUGUGGCCAGAGGUUACGUCACCCGGCUGAGGCUCAAAGAGAUGGCGAAGAAAAGAGAGUCCAUCUUCAUCAUCCAGUACAACAUCCGUUCCUUCAUGAACGUGAAGAACUGGCCCUGGAUGAGGCUCUUCUUCAAGAUAAAGCCUCUGCUUCGAAGCGCCGAGGCGGAGAAGGAGAUGCAGAGCAUUAAAGAGCAGUUCUCUCGACUCAAAGAGGAGUUUGCAAAGUCGGAGGCCCGGAGGAAGGAGCUGGAGGAGAAGAUGGUCAUGCUCGUCCAGGAGAAAAACGACCUUUACCUUCAAAUCCAGGCAGAGAGGGACAACCUGUGCGAUGCCGAGGAGAGGUGCGAGGGCUUGAUAAAGAGCAAGAUCCACCUGGAGGCCAAAGUCAAAGAGUUCUCCGAGAGGAUGGAGGAAGAGGAGGAGAUCAACGCCGAGAUCACCGCCAAGAAGAGGAAACUGGAGGACGAAUGUUCGGAGCUCAAAAGAGACAUCGACGACCUCGAACUCACCAUCGCCAAAGUGGAGAAGGAGAAAUACGCCACAGAGAAUAAGGUUAAGAAUCUGGUCGAGGAGCUCACCACUCUUGAGGAAAAUCUGAUGAAGUCUUCAAAGGAGAUCAAAGCUCUGCAGGAGGUGCACCAGCAGACGUUGGAUGACCUCCAGGCCGAGGAGGAUAAAGUCAACUGUCUGGUGAAGACCAAAGUCAAGUUGGAGCAACAGGUCGAUGACCUGGAGGGCUCCCUGGAGCAGGAGAAGAAGGUGCGUGCAGACUUGGAGAGAUCCAGAAGAAAACUGGAGGGGGAUCUGAAGCUGUCCCAGGAAACCAUCAUGGACCUGGAGAAUGAAAGACAGCAGAUGGAAGAGAGACUGAAAAAAAAGGACUUUGAAAUCAGCCACCUGCAGUGCAAGAUGGAGGACGAGCAAGCCCUCGGCAUUCAACUGCAAAAGAAGAUUAAAGAGCUUCAGGCUCGCAUUGAAGAACUGGAGGAGGAAAUCGAGGCCGAGCGCUCGGCUCGAGCCAAAGUGGAGAAGCAGAGGUGUGAUCUGUCCCGGGAGCUGGAGGAGAUCAGCGAGAGGCUGGAGGAGGCCGGAGGAGCCACCGCCGCUCAGGCUGAGCUCAACAAGAAGCGCGACUCAGAGUUUCAGAGGUUGCGCCGCGAUCUGGAAGAGUCCACCCUGCAGCACGAGUCUAUCGCUGCGACGUUACGCAAGAAACAGGCCGACGGCGUCGCCGAGCUCAGUGAGCAGAUAGACAACAUUCAGAGAGUGAAGCAGAAACUGGAGAAAGAGAAAAGUGAGCUGAAGAUGGAGAUCGAUGACUUGGCGAGCAGCAUGGAGAGUGUCCUGAAAAGCAAAGCUAAUCUGGAGAAACUGUGCAGGAGCCUUGAAGACCAAAUGAACGAAUACAAGACCAAAGCAGAUGAAGCCCAGAGGUCCCUGACUGAUUCCACUACACUGAGUGCUCGCCUACAAACUGAAAAUGGUGAACUCACACGUCUGCUGGAAGAGAAAGAGAUCACUCUGUCCCAGCUGAGCAGAGUGAAAUCUGUCGGGAGUCAUCAAAUCGAAGAGCUGAAGAGACUUUUGGAUGAAGAAAUUAAGGCAAAAAACGCCCUGGCUCACGGUUUACAGUCGGCUCGCCACGACUGCGAGCUGCUCAGAGAGCAGUACGAGGAGGAACAGGAGGCCAAAGCCGAGCUGCAGCGCUGCCUGUCCAAGGCCAACAGCGAGGUGGCUCAGUGGAGAACCAAAUACGAGACCGACGCCAUCCAGCGCACCGAAGAGCUCGAGGAGGCAAAAAAGAAGCUGGCCCAGAGGCUGCAGGAGUCUGAGGAGAUGACAGAGGCAGCAAAUGUCAAAUGUGCAUCGCUGGAGAAAACCAAGCAGAGGCUGCAGGCUGAGGUCGAGGAUCUCAUGGUUGAGCUGGAAAGGUCAAACGCGGCAAAUGCCACCUUGGACAAGAAACAGAGGAACUUUGACAAGAUUCUGGCCGAAUGGAAACAGAAAUAUGAGGAGAGUCAAUCAGACCUGGAAGUCUCCCAGAGAGAGUCCAGAGUGCUGAGUACAGAACUCUUCAAGCUGAAAAACUCGUACGAAGAGGCUAUGGAUCAUCUGGAGAGCAUGAAAAGAGAGAAUAAAAACCUCCAGCAGGAGAUCACAGAUAUCACCGAACAAGUUGGACAAUCCACUAAAACUAUCCACGAGCUGGAGAAAGCUGCAAAGCAAGCAGAACAGGAGAAGAGAGAUACCCAGGCAGCUCUGGAGGAAGUCGAGUCUUCUCUGGAACAUGAGGAGGCCAAGAUCCUGCACCUUCAGCUGGAGCUGAACCAGAUCAAGUCAGAGGUGGACCGAAAGGUGGCAGAGAAGGAUGAAGAAAUCGACCAGCUCAAGAGGAAUCACCAGAGGACCGUGGACACGCUGCAGAACACGCUGGACGCCGAGACGCGUAGCAGAAACGACGCCAUCCGGACCAAGAAGAAGAUGGAGGGAGAUCUGAACGAGAUGGAGAUCCAGCUGGGUCACGCCAACCGCCAGGCGGCAGAGGUCACCAAACAACUGAGGAAUCUGCAGACCCAGCUGAAGGACAUCCAGGUCCACCUGGAUGAAGCGCUCCACAGUCAAGAGGACUUAAAGGAACAACUUGCUAUCACGGAUCGCCGCAACAAUCUGAUGAUGGCCGAGAAUGAGGAGAUGGUGGCGGCGCUGGAGCAGUCUGAGAGGAGCCGCAAGCUGGCUGAACAGGAACUGAUCGACGUCAGCGAGAGGAUUCAGCUGCUCCACUCUCAGAACGCCAGCCUGCUGAACACCAAAAAGAAGACGGAGGCUGAUUUAGUUCAGCUGCAGUCAGAGAUGGAGGACACCGUCCAGGAGGCGAGGAAUGCCGAUGAGAAGGCCAAAAAAGCCAUCAUGGAUGCCGCCAUGAUGGCGGAGGAGCUGAAGAAAGAGCAGGACACCAGCGCUCACUUGGAGAGGAUGAAGAAGAACCUGGAGGUGACGGUGAAAGACCUGCAGCAGCGCCUGGACGAGGCCGAGCAGCUGGCUCUGAAGGGCGGGAAGAAGGAGCUUCAGAAGCUGGAAACCAGGGUCCGUGAGCUGGAAAAUGAACUGGAAGCAGAACAGAAACGCAGCGGCGAGGCUAUGAAAGGUGUGCGGAAAUACGAGAGGAGAAUUAAAGAGCUCACUUAUCAGGGUGAGGAGGAGAAGAAGAACGUGGCAAGACUCCAGGAUCUGGUCAACAAACUGCAACUGAAAGUGAAAGCAUAUAAGCGUCAGUGUGAGGAGGCGGAGGAACAAACCAGCAUCCAUCUGGCUAAAUUUCGGAAGGUGCAGCAUGAGCUGGAGGAAGCUGAGGAACGAGCUGAUAUCGCCGAGUCCCAGCUGAAUAAAUUACGAGCUAAAAGUCGUGAUAUUGUUGGUAAAGGGGAAUAGAAAUCUACACUGGUAACCAGUCGUUGCUGUGAAAACCAUUUAUCUCCAGAUUGUCACUUUCUUCGUGAUUUAAAGCUGUUUGUUUUUACAGUCAGCACUCUGAUUUCCAAUUUCAUGUCGACUUUAAUAUUUGUGACGAUGCAUUUUUCAACUAAUCCAGUGGGUUUUAAGAUGGUUUAUUUAGCUGUAGAAGGAGAACUUUUGCAACCUAAAGUGUAAAAGAUCACUUAGACUUUCAAUUAAUCUUAAAUAAAAUGUAAUCUGUCAGUUUCAACAUUAUUUGAUCAUUGGAUGACAGUAAAUAUAUGUAAUGUUAGCAUUAUUAGGAUUGGGGACUUCAAACGUCGGUGGUCUGACGUGGUCGUUUACCAGGCAGGGAAGGAAAGAUGCAAACAAGUUACAUUAUGGGAAAUGUACAAGCCAUAUGGGGACUAAGGGGCCGGUCACACAGAGACGCAAGAGAUGCAGAGACUCUUAUGGUGCAUUUCAUUUGAACUCGGAAAUUUUAUGAGUUCCCAGUCAGAAAUUUCACCCCAGAACGGCCCUUGAAGUCGGAUUUCCAACUAGAAAACUCAGAAGAACCUCACCAACCUCGACUUCAAAAUCCAAGAUUCUGUUUAUUGGCACUUCUGUCUUUUAUUCCUCAUUAAAUCAGUCGUGGACGUGUUUGUAUGAGCAAAAUACAGCAUAAUGUAUGUUGCUAACAAUGGCUAAUGGCUAACAUGGCUAGAGCUUGGGUUUCCAACUUGCUGUACUGGAUUUUGGUCAACUCGGAUGUCAUUCCCAGCUCCGACUUUGGACUUCCAAGAUGAAUGGAACGCACCAACAGCUUAGCAAAUUACAGCAAAACAAGUUGAUUUUUUUCAACGUUGUCCUGAUGUUGCUGGAUGAAAAGUUAAUGAAUCACCAAAGUCCUUCGGAUUCAUUCAUUGUUGAGAUAGUUAAGUCUGGACCAAAGUCUGUCUAUGUAAAGAUUGAGUGACUCAGAGUGGGAACAUUUUGAAAAUGUUCAAAAGAAGGUUUCUUGUAUGGACACAGCAUCUGGUCACCAUUCUGUGUUGUUAAUCCUGGGAUCAGUCGACACGGAGCUAAAUAAACAGUGACAGCUCAACAUGUUCCAGGAAUAGUGUCCACACAGCAGUUAUUUGUGCACUGACCUGAACUAAAACCUCAUUCUUACACUAAGACACAGAAAAAUGCUUUUGUUAAAGUCUUUGUGCCGGUCAAGCACUGUUGAAUUUAUCUGAACUAAAUAUUAUAAACCUGAAACACAGUCACACAAUCAAAAGGAUCUUAAACAGCAACAAGACUUAAAAAUAAAUCACAGUUUUGUCUGUAAAAGUCUCAAGAAAGCCUUGUUUUAGUCUUGUUUUGGUACCUGAUAUAAACAUUUAUCACACACUUUAUCCUGUCUUUCAACAUUAUUCCUUUUUGUUUCUUGACCCAAUAAAAACCAUAAACUCUGCUGCCUA